AUGCGCUUUGAAUUUGCGGGACAAUCCUCAUGGCUUGUCCUGCUAUGGGCAUUAUGGAUGAUUGCGAUUGGGAUUCCACGAGCGUCUGCAUCGGACGAAGUGCAAAGAAUGAUAGCGAGAAGAGGUCUGCAGUCAGGAUCUAGAAAUGCCAGUAGCCAUCACAGCUUCUCCACAUCCAGAUCGACCAUCUCAACCCCAGUUCCAUCCGUUACACUGCCGUCUGAAAAUCCUCCAUCGAGUACAGUGACCAUUCCUGGAUCGUCGCCGACCACCAUUCGGAAAAGUAGCUCCGUGGCCACCUCAAGCCCUGGCCUGCCUAGCCCCGGCCCUUCGAGCUUGCCUACUAGCUCGUCAAGCCGCCCUUUGAUUCCUACCCAGAGGACAACCAGUGGCACGGCUCACGAGUCAGGCUCCAAUCCAAGCUCCAAUCCAAGCUCCAAUCCAAGCUCCAAUCCAAGCUCCAACCCAAGCUCCGAUCUGAGCUCCAACCCAAGUUCCAAUCCCAGCUCCAAUCCCAGCUCCAACCCAAGCUCCAACCCAAGCUCCAAUCCUAGCUCCAAUCCUAGCUCCAACCCGAGCUCCAACCCAGGGACCAAGGAUACCAGCUCGCCGUCCGGAGGCUCACCUUCAACACCUGGUUACCCAAAGCCUUCAAGCAGCAAAAUUCCUCCUUCUUCAGCUGGGAAUACAGUGGUUCCCGUUACUUCAAAAACUGUGAUCACUAAUCCAAGCACCACCAUAACCAGUGCUGUUACUACAUCUUCAACGGUUCCAUUUCCUAUAACUCUAAACACCGAUGACCCACAAGCUACUUCGAGUGUCAGUUCUUUACAAAAUGAGAUCUCGGUCACACUCAUUCCAAUUUUCUCAAAAUUGAUUGACACGCCAGACAAAAACAAGGCACAAGAUGCCAUCGAGAAACUCAAGAAGGUAGAGCCGGAGGCUAGGAAUCUUCUGAACAAGAUUGAUCCGAGCUCAGAAGGAUCAACAGGCUCAUGCAGUGACGGUGGGAACCUUCUCUCGGACUUGAUCAACGCUGUCACCUGUAUCGAUGAUGGACUGAACAAAGUGAAGUCUGAGAUUGAAGAAGGUAUCGACGACGACUUUUCUAACAUCGAAGGCUUGGAGAGCACGGUUUCUAGCAUCACAGACCUAGCCGAGAACUCCAAUGACGAGGAUCAGUCAUCGUCAGAUGAUUCUACUACUUCGACCUCCUGCUCCUCCUCCACCACCACCGAAGAUAUCUACGUGGAAUGCUCUGCCACCUCAGCCCCUGGUCGUAAGAGACAAGCAGCAACAUCUUGCUCCACGUCGACAAAGACAGUGACUGGCUGUGAUAUCUCUGCCUCUACAACAACUACAACGAUUUCUUGCUCGGAAACUGAAACGAUUACAAAUUGUGAUGUUGUGUGCCCAACCACUGCUAUUCCAAAAUCCCAACUGGCUGGUCGUGCUCCUGUAACGGUGAGCUGCAGCACCACCUGUUCAACGGAAACCGCGUGCAGCACCACUGGAUCUACCUCGACUAGCUGGAGUACUACAACAACAACACCAAGCUCCAGUGUUGGUGGGCAGUGUGGAACAGGAUGCUCGUCUUGCAUGUCUCUUUCUACUCCGACUGCUAGUUCAGCGGCAAAGAGGGAUCUGGAUCUCACCAAGCGUACUCUCACAUCCCCACAAGAUGCUCCUUAUAACGGCGACACCGGUGCAUUCUUGGUCGACCAGUAUGUUUGGGCUGAGUGGGUGCCGCUUGGAACUGGUGGAAGGUCAAACCCCACAGCUCUUUAUCAUGAGCUCAAGAAGGUGAAGUAUGACAUGGCUGUCCAAGGAUUAUAUGGUUGCACCUCGGUGGUGGUUGUAUCCGAGAAGGCUGUAUACAUGUCUCAUUUCUGGGAGGUUCCUGGAUUUAGCCAGGGCAACUGGGGAAUUGGAACACAGGAGAGAUUUGAACAAGAAGUCCUCACUCCUCUUGAAAGUGGCGAUGGCGGAUCUGGAAUCUCCGGUUUGCGACAGUACGCAGGAUCUAACGGGGCAUUUGCUAGUCAAUACAGACCUGCAGCAUAUGUCAUUAGACCUGGUAGUUCGGGCCGAGCGGAUUAUGACAAGGCAUAUGACAAAAAGGUGGACCAAAUCGUGGAAAAGGUGAAGGAUAUUUUGGGGGUUUCGACUCCUCCAAUUCCUAUCACUUACAGUCGCGCCGGAGGCGGAGGAGCCGACAAUACCUUCACACCUCUGGGAAAGGUACUUUUUCAGUACGACCCUGUUCAAGCUCGCCAAGCCACCGAUAGCUGCUCUAUUCAACAAGCCAUGGUGCGAGUUUGGGUGGAAGACAAGCCUCGCUACGUCCAUCAGAGAUACUGGAUUGCGUAUGAUGACCAAAAGGUUGCACAGUCUGGUAAUCAAAAGCGCGAUUGCCCGGCCGAUGCAACUGCAGGGGGACAAGUUCCACUAUCAUCAGCACUCGAAUCAGGUUCAACCUCUUCAGGCACUUCUCCCUCCAGUAGUAGUCCCAUUUCCAACACUUUGACUUCGACACCGAGCGCUUCCUAUUCUUCGGUACAGACUAGCCCAACUCCCUCUUCGACUCCGAAGCCUACUUCAACACCCACACCGAGUCUGGAAACAACUACAACUGAGGAGCAAACAACAACCGCCGAUGAGACCACUACAACAGCAGAAGCUACCACAACGACGGAGGCACCCACAACGACGGAGGCACCGGCCACGACGACGGAGGCACCUACCACUACGACGGAAGAUCCCAUACCCACAACCACAGAACCACUACUUCCAACCGCUCAGCUAGUUGUCGCUUAUGUUGUCAAUGGCUGGUCCAACAGCUGGAGUGUAUAUACGCCCGACAUCUUUGACGAUAGUCCUGACUGGUGUGAUGGCAGUACUGGCCAGUGGAGCGCCAGUGGUGACAUAUCUUUGAAGAACGUCCCUUAUCCUGACGGUGACAAUGAUUUGGACUUUGAUGUAGACGAUAAGAGUGAUUGCUCUUACUCGUCCGACUCGGAUGAAACAGCUGGUACUCUGAGCUGCCCUGACUUUUCGGAGGAUGUCCAGUGCACGGAAUAUGGUGAUCAAAGCCAAUCAACCUGCUACGGCGUGGCAAAUGCUAUGAUGGUUGUUCCCAAGGUCCUGUGCCAGUGGGGCUAG